UUACUGUGUAGGUUAAUAAGCACAGAGUUUUCAAGUAACUGGUACUAAUAAGACGCAACUUCAUAGUCCUGUAUCUUUUUUUGUAACAUACAGUUAUAUUUUGUAAGGAUGAGAUCACCCUUCAAAGUUUCUACAAAGAUCAUGUGUAUACUAACGUAUAUAGGUAACCGACAUUCGUUUAGUACUGCUCCGUUGAUAUAAUUCGGAACUGUUUUCAUAAUUGAAUUACUUUUUCUGAUGUCUAAGUAAUUUUUUGGUUCAAAGUGCAUUACAGAAUAAAAAUUGAGUUGAUUGUGUUCUGAAAGAUAAACUUAAUAUUUGUGCAUUGAUUGAAGUGUUAAAAUAAACUAUGGAAGACAUACAUUUAAGGACGAAGCCUUCAGAAAUGGCGGAUACUUUGGAUCCACUCGCUCCGAGUGUGAAUGACACAUCUGCAAAUGGACUAAUGCAUAAGUUAAGACUGAGGUUUGGCAGAGCUUCGCCCCCAAGGCCUCCUGGAGAUGGAUAUGUGGAAUUUGGGGAGUUCAGGUCCGAGAGGCCCGGCAUCAAGAAAGUCGGCACAUUCGCCGGCGUCUUCUGCCCCGUGGUGCUAUCAAUGUUCAGCGCACUCGUGUUUAUACGAAUGGGUUACCUAGUGGGAAACGCGGGACUUCUAGUGACCCUAGGUCAAUUCGGACUGGCGUAUCUAAUAGUUGGAUUCACCGUGAUGUCUAUAUGCGCUAUAUCUACUAACGGAGCGGUGGAGGGCGGCGGGGUUUAUUUCAUGAUAAGCAGAACUCUAGGUCCCGAGUUCGGAGGUGCUAUAGGAACGUUGUUUUUCUUCGCGAAUGUAGUAUCCAGCGCACUAUGUAUAUCUGCUUGCACAGAGGCUAUGGUUGAAAACUUUGGACCUAAUGGAUACCUGGUGGGGGACAGUCCUGGGUUGCCAGACGGGCCGUGGUACAGGUUUCUGUACCGCUCGGCGUUGAACGCAGCGGGGCUAAGCGUCUCACUGGCGGGGGCGUCUCUGUUCGCGCGUACGAGCCUCGCCAUCUGGGUCACGACCGUCGUCUGUCUGUUCAGCGCACUGCUAAGCUUCUUCAUCACCGCGCCGGGAGAGAUAGACAAGCCCGACACUAACCACCUAGUGAACGCAACGAACUUCUCCUACACGGGUCUAAGCUCGCUAACACUAAAACAGAACCUGUACUCCGAAUACGCACGUGACUACACCACAACGAGUGGGGAAAUGGUGGAUUUUGCUUCCGUUUUUGGAGUACUCUUCACCGGAGUGACUGGUGUCAUGGCCGGUGCUAAUAUGAGUGGGGAACUCAAGAGUCCCUCCCGCAGUAUCCCUCUAGGCACGCUGACUGCUUUGCUGUUCACCGCGCUGUCUUAUGCAGCUUUAGUAGUUUUAACAGCUGCCACGUGCUCCCGUGAACUUCUGCAGAACAACUACGUGUAUCUACUGCCUAUUAACAUUUGGCCACCUUUCAUAGCUGUAGGAAUGUUAACUGCUACAUUUUCAGCGGGUUUGUCCAACUUGAUUGGUGCAUCGAGAGUUUUGGAAGCAUUGGCAAAAGACAAUAUUUUUGGUUUUCUACUCCGUCCAAUGGUAUCCAGAUCAGGGAACCCCGUGCUGGCUGUGAUAGCGUCCUAUCUCUUGGUGCAAGUUGGUAUAAUGGCUGGAUCACUCAAUACUAUUGCACAGGUGAACUCGGUGCUAUUUAUGACGAGUUAUUUCGCGAUAAACCUCGGUUGCCUUGGAUUGGACCUCGCUUCCGCUCCUAACUUUAGGCCUACCUUCAAACAGUUCUCGUGGCUGACAUCCUUGCUCGGGUUGGUGGGUUGUGCGGCGCUGAUUUUCGGGUUGCGACCCGCAUAUGCGUGCGGAGUCGCAUUGGCAUGCUGCUCUUUGGUCAUCGCGCUACAUUUACUGUCCCCCGCAGCGAGUGAACCCAAGUGGGGCAGUCUGAGCCAGGCGCUCAUCUUCCAUCAGGUCCGAAAAUACUUACUUCUGUUGGACCCUCGGCGGGAACACGUAAAGUUUUGGCGGCCGCAGAUGCUCCUACUCAUUGGGUCUCCAAGACAAGCUGCACCGUUGAUAGACUUCGUGAACGAUCAGAAAAAGGGUGGUUUGUUUGUGAUUGGCCACGUCAGGGUUGGCCAGUUAGAUGGAAGUGGCGAUCCGUUGGCAGAUGAACACAAAUACUGGCUCAAGUUGAUUGACCAUCUCAAGGUAAAAGCCUUCGUAGAACUAUGCCUGGCUGAGUCGAUACGUAACGGAGCAGCUCAUCUCACCAGGCUUUCUGGUUUAGGAGCUAUGAAACCUGAUACGGUUCUAUUGGGCUUCAGGGACACGGCGCCUCCUAAGGACUUCUUUAGGGACCCAACAUCGCCCUACACAUCAACCGAUUUCGACCUUGACAACGGCACUGUGAUCUUCCCCGCCCGCACCCCGGCUUCCCCCCGCCUCUCCGCGUCGGAGUACGUGCGCAUCGUGUCCGACGUGCUCUGCGUCAACAAGAACGUGUGUCUUUGCAGACACUUCCACAACUUGGACAUGGCGGCGGUGGAGAGGAGGGUGGCGACACUCAAGUACAUCGACGUGUGGCUGGUGGAGGUGCUGGCACCUUCCCGCGAGGAGGCCUUCACCGUGCGCGCACUGUUCGCGCUACAACUCGCGGCCGUGGUGCGCUCCGCGCGCGGCUGGCAACACCUGCGGCUGCGCGUGCACGUCGCCACGUCCGCGCCCGCCAUGCUCAGCGAAGCUGGUCGUACGUACUCGUUAGGAAGCGACACUGCGAUGGACCCGAACCUUCCCGAGCUGACUCCCGGACGACCGGUCAGCGAGAGGUUAGACGAACUACUGAAGAUGCUCAGGAUUAAUGCCACCACGCACAACAUUAGUGAAUGGCCUACGUUGGAAGACACGAGCCGUUGGUCGGAGUCCAGUUUGGAUGACAACAGCGUGUACCAGCGGCUGCCCGUUAGUUACCUGCAGAAGGUGAACCGCAUAAUCAAAUCGCGGUGCGACCAAGGCACGGCUGUGACCUUUGUCCAAUUGCCGGCACCCCCGAAACUGCCCCCCAAUCCCUCUUCAGCGGACGACGCGAUAUGCGACCAGUAUUUAAAGGUAUUAGACGAAUUCACUAAGGACCUCUCCCCAACUAUUCUCGUCAGAGGUCUGAAGUCUGUCACAUCAACGGCACUGUGAAGAAUUUUAAUAAAUACGACAUGAAUUUAUUACAUACUAGUGACCCCGGCUUCGUACGGGUACAAUGUAGGUACUAAUGUGUGGCAGUGAUUACUAAUACUAUUCUCUAGUAGGCAAAUAAGUAUACGUUGUCUUAUUUUUUCGCCAUGUCAUAGACUGUAUGACGUCAUAUCAUAUCUAAUAUGGCGUAUAUGACGGACAUUUUAUAUCAAAUAUAUCGAUUUAAGUAUUAAAUGAACGGCUGAAUUGCGAAUUUGGAAAUUUAAUAUGAUUCAUACAAAAGAAUUCUUACGUGAUAGUAUUUUUUAAAGUUUUAAUUUUUAAACAUUGACCUUAUCUUUUUUUUUUAAUUUUUUUUUUAUUUAAAACACUUUGUAACUCUUGAUUUAUUCCAGACUUAAUUUGUAUUCUUAAGACUUUUUUUCUUUGCAUCGUAUAAAAUUAUUACUUUACAUACCUAUAGUAAAAUUUUUCUUA